GCGUCGCAUUUUGUUCUGUGAUUCGCGCCUCGAAUUCUCGUGAAUUAUCAAUAAUCUUGCGAUAAAUCUUCAGCGAUCGACGAUGCGAUUGAUAGCAAUUCUCGUAAAGUCUAUUCUGUGCGAAGCAACAGUAUUUUUACGAAAGAUCUCGUGAUUUUAUUUCUUUGUCCCGCCGAAUAUGAAAAGGAAUCCAUUCAAUGCAAUUCGCGAAUUAUCUUGCGAGCGAUAUCGGCGAAUCUACUCUCAUGUCUAAAAAAAAUGCAUGUAGGAUGGAACAAUUUUAAAAAGCAAAUGGCGAAUAAUACAAACAACAAACCUUUAAACGUAGACGAAUACGACAUGGCAAAUCCCGACGUGACGAGUAAUAAUAAGUCAGUAAACAGCGAUUUAUACCAAGCAGUGUUUCCAAUCUAUCACAUCAGCAAACUGUCCGGCGUAUUUCCAACGAGAUUUGUCCAACAGGCAUCUGGCAGGUAUCAAGGCCGAUUGAGCACCAUCGAUAGCAUUUACAGCUUGUGCAUAUUGAUGUGCCUGAUAGGCGCUGAGAUUUGGGGUUUUUGGCGCGAUCUCAGACAUGGAUGGGAAAAUAGCACUCGCCUUAAAUCGCAAAAUGCAGUAAUUGUCACCACAAGCGAUAUAUUGGGCGUGAUGAGUCUCACGGCCGCCUCUAUCAUCGGUUCAAUUGUGUACUGGCAACAAGUGCAGACCGUCAUGGAUAAACUAGUUGAUUGCGACGAAAAGCUGGGAAUUCUUUCGCCGAAAAAACUGCAGCGGUACACCAUUUUGCUAACGUUGUGCAGCCUCUCCUAUUCCAUCAUUCUUUCAUGUCUCGAUAUCUACACAUGGAACUAUGAGGUGAAGUUAAGUAAGAAGCUGGAUGACAAAGGCCCGCUGAAUUAUCUCCCUCUGUACUUUAUGUACGUAGUCAUCAUUAUGAUGGAAGUCCAGUAUGCCAUCAUUGUGUACAACGUAGGCCAGCGAUUCUUCAGAGUCAAUAAGAGCCUCGAGAACAUCCUCAAAAGCGGCAAAAUAACGAAUCAAUUUAGGAAGGAUCUUGGAUUAGCUGGCGAUCUUCGAGAUCAGGGACAAAUUAUAACGUAUAUCCGGCAAGAAAUGGUAGGAAAUACUAGACUGUUUCGUAAAUCGAAGAUCAUAGAUUCCACCGUCGCAAAUGAUAGCAGAAGUUUUGCGGACAGUAUAUCUCAAUUAAUGACAGUACACGCAUCACUGUGUGACACAGUGUCGAUUAUAAAUACCGCUUAUGGCGUCGUUGUACUCGCAAUUACUAUUACCUGCUUAAUACAUCUGAUUAUCACACCUUACUUUUUAAUAAUGGAAGCUGAUGGAAGACGCGAACCGUUAUUCCUUGCAGUACAAGGAUUGUGGUGCAUUUUCCACAUUUGGAGACUGCUCAUAAUAGUGCAGCCUACAUAUGCCACUACAAUGCAAGGAAAGAAGACAGCGGUAUUGGUAAGCCAAUUGCUGUCUGCGAAUCAUGAUAGGGAAGGGACGAAACAACUAGAAAUCUUUUCGCUUCAACUUCUUCACCGCCCUUUAGAAUUUUCAGCAUGUGGACUCUUCACUCUGGAUCGUACUCUCGUGACUUCGAUUGCUGGCGCAGUCACAACAUAUCUCGUGAUACUAAUACAAUUUCAAAAAGAAGAUGAUACAAAGGGUAGUUUCGACAACAUAUUAAAGAAUGCUACGCAAAUGUUGAAAAACGCGACGACACUUCACAAUAUCACAGUGGGAAAGUUGGGUCUAUAAAUUAAGACAAACUGUGCUUCUCUUUCUUCGUUCCUGUUUUUUAUGUUCUUGAAUAUAUAAUAAUAAAGCUUUUCAAAAUUUAA